AUGCGCACUGCGCAGGCUUUCCGCCCUCACGUGAUUUUUUUUAAACCAAUCAUCGUCCAAAGCGCACACGCGUCUGUCGCGCUCUGGAAAAUGGCGGGGAAACUGGAGCCUUCGGAAGUGGGGCCGCCGGAAAUCCCUGAGAAGGCUGAAGGUCAGACAAAGUUUUCAAAGAAGACAGAAGACUUGCUGGAAAUGGUGAAAAAGCUGCAAAAAGAGGGAAGCCUGGAGCCACAGAUCGAAGACCUGAUUAAUCGGAUUAAUGAGCUUCAGCAAGCAAAGAAGACAUCCAGCGAGGAACUGGGAGAAGCCCAAGCUCUCUGGGAGGCCCUGCGUAGGGACCUGGACUCCUUGAAUGGGGAGAAAGCGCACCUGGAGGAGGUUUUGAGCAAAAAGCAAGAGGCACUGAGGACCCUCCAGCUGCACUGCCAAAGGAAGGAAAGUGAGGCUCAGAGGAAGUACAUGUUGGCGGAGCACAUGGAGCAAAUUUCUAUCCAUAACUCUCAGAUCACAGAGAGUCAAGGACAGAGGAAGCUGGGGUUGCACAUGGAAGAACAGUUGGAGGAUUUGACAAGCCAGCACAAGGACCUCUGGGAAUUCCAUGUGCUGAAACAGCGCCUGGCCUGGGAGAUCCGUGUCCUGCAGAGCAGCAAGGAGCAGCUGCUCGCCGAAGAGAGGCAGGCGAGGGCGAAGCUGCAGGAGCUGGAGCAGCGGCUGCGCUCGCCGCCCGAGGUCCAGGGCGCCCCAGCGGAGGACCAUGGGCUGAAAGCGGAGCCGGAGAAACUCGGGGGGCAGGUCCCCGCCCAGACCCAGAGCACCCCAGAGGACCCGGCCCGCAGAGGAGAGGUAGAGAGCCCGGGAUGGAGGCCACGCGGGCCGAGACGGCGCGGGCGGGCUGUCCCGGGAGCCUCUCUGAGAGGGGAGUGUGCGGGUGCAGGGCGUCCCCGGGGCGCGGGGGACAGGGAAAGGGCCAGCGCGGACGGGCUUCAGGGCCUCGCAGCCUGA